UUAUUGUCCUCUUUUCAGCAAAAUGGAUCCGCCAAAAAUAUUGCUCUCAGAAUGUUUGAAAAAAUUCAAGAAAAGAAUCAAGGCAGUUACCAAGGUUUCCGCGGCCAAGCUGGACAUUAAGUCAUCUCAGGGCUAUCACAGUCAGAAGCCUGACCUGGAUCGCGGGAAUGAGCUGCAGGGGCGAGAGCAAAACUCCAUUAACACAAGGGUCUUGGGAAACCAUGCAUACAAAGACAGACGUUUUGAGGAGGCUCGUAGACAUUACACCGUCAGCCUGUGUUCUGCGGUCUCUGCUGUCAGUCGUGCCAUGGCCUAUGCCAACAGAUCUGCUGCAUUGUUCCACUUGGACAUGUAUGUUGACUGUUACAGAGACAUUUCAAGAGCUCUUAACACUGGCUAUCCAAAUAAUAUGAAAUACAAACUGUAUGUGCGCCAGGCAAAGUGCUUGAAGGCAUGCGGCAUGAACUGUCAAGAGAGUGUUGACCAGGCAUAUGCAGCAAUCUCUUUGUACAACCCUAAUGAAGAGUCAAAAUUGAAGAAGCUUGUGGAGAGAGACCUCACCGCAGGACUAAGUCAACCUAGGAUCCCUCCACAAGUACCUGUUACUCCCCCGCCACUUAGCUACGAACCUGAUAAAAAACUGCCCUGCUUGUCAAAUGCUGUGUCACUUGCAUUCAAUAAGAAAAAGAUGAGGCAUGUCGUGGCAAACAGGGACUUGGAUAUUGGUGAUAUUGUGAUUGUUGAACAAUCUUUUGCUAGAGUUGUUUCAUCGUUGUCUGAGAAGACUGAAGUUCACUUUUGCUCUUUCUGCUACAAGAUAACCUACUCUCCAAGUCCUUGUGCAAUUUGUGGACAUGUGUUGUACUGCAGUGAAACAUGCAGAGAAAAUGACUGGAUGAGUGUGCACCAUGCAAGCUGCAGGUUCCGCCAGCUUCAAGGCAUUGUCCUCUCGGAGGAACUUUUACAAUACAGACACAACAAUGCAACUUACAAUGAUGUCGCAUUCACUCUUAUCAUCGACAUCAUUUUUCGCUUGGGUGGGCCAGACCUGAUCCUUCAGAAGCUAGAAUCUGAAACUGCAUUGGACUGGAUCAAACCAGAAGAUGCUAUUGCCUCAAAGGACUGUGAGUUGAAACUUCUGAUGGCGAUGACAGACAAUAUGGAGGCAUGCAACAACAAAACUGUUGCAACCAGUGCGGCAGCUGCCGUGGUUCUGGCUGGAAAAUUAGAUGUUCCACAGAAGCACUUUGAGCUAUUUGCCGCAUUCAUCCUCAAACUAAUAUUCGUCAUGAAAAACAAUGCAACCUUGUUGAGUUACACAGACAACAAACUUGACGAAGAAAUGGAUGAGCGCCACUUGGGAAUGGCUCUCUUCAUGGCCAGUAGCUCCAUCAACCAUUCUUGCUUCCCAAACAUGGUCCGAAUCACUUAUGGGUCUUCUGUUGUUUACCGAAUCAUCAGGCCCGUUGCUAAAGGCGAAGAGCUCACUGAAUCUUAUCAUGUUGAUCUCAGCUUCAAUCUUCAGCGGCGCAGGGAAAUUUGCUCUGUGAGGUCCAGUUUCCAUUGCAGGUGCCUUGCUUGUGAACAAAACUGGCCUCACUAUGAUGAUAUGCAAAAACGCUUCAAGACAGACCAGCUGCUACAUCUUGCUUUCAAAAUUGGAGUAACUCCUGUGCCUCACAGUUCCAUUGUUCAGGUGAUGAUGAAAAAGAAAGUAACCCCUGAUGUGUAUGUAUUCAAAAGCCUUGCUCAAAUCCUGAUGCUCAUGCAUCUGUCUGGCUACUAUCCUGAUAGAUUGUACUUUAAACUGCAGCAAAUGGUCAAGUCUCAUUUGCUCGCCUAUGGCAAUGCUGUUUUUGCGGAAGAUUCCAAAGACUUCUUCAUUGGAAGUCAGUGCCAAACAAUUAAAACUUUGUUGGGUGAUGUAAUCCUCGGAAUGGAUUAAGAUAGGUUAAAUGGUUAAAAAAAAUUUCAAGUUAACUCUGCUGCAUGAAGAAUGGAAUAUUUUACGUUACAAAAUGGGCCCAAAUAUAGUUUUCUGUUAUUACAAACCUAUUGUGUCAUUGAAAGGAGCAAAUUUGAUAUUUGAUUGUAAAUCCUAAAUUCUGCUCCAAUUGUAACGUUUCGUGAAUCUAAAAGAGGCUUCGUUUUUCAUUCAAAUCAAAUUUUGUAUGCCCUAUCAUUCAAGUUGCGAAAUAUCAUUUUGUCAUUAAGUUUUGUGUAUUAAAAAUGAAUACACGCUA